UUAUUCACACCUUGUUGAACUAAUUGUAUCUCCUAUAUAAACCCUUGUCCACACCUUGUACUCUUUCGUGCCAAAGUACAAAGCUUUGUACAAUAACAACCUCUUCAAUUCAUACACUCUCUCAAACCUACAAUCACAAACAUUCCCAAAAUUGUUUUUUUUUUCCUUUCAAAUUUUGAUUUGAUUUGAUUUGAUUUUGUUAAGUGUAAUUUUUUAUUUUCACAAAGCAUUUGCAAACUCUCUAGACUCAUCCAUUAUUAAUUAUUUUAUUAUUAUUAUAUACUACAAUAUGAGCAACAUGAAGAACAAAACAGCAAAAUUAUUGAAGCAAAUCAUAGCUGGUUUAACCUCAAUGGCAAAGUCAAAAAGUUUAGCUUUAAAGUCCAAAACAAAUGCCAUCAAAGCUCGUUUGAUUAUAUUCUCACUGAUGAAGAACAAAAAAUUUCUUAUGAGUUCCCUUUCAGAAAAAUUUCAUUCUGUUUUUGGAAACCAUUCUCAUCAAUCAAAAGAAGAUUGUUUAAUUGAAGAAGGUGGAAGUAGUGAGCAACAUCAUAACAAAUCCAUAGUUGUGUAUAACAACAAUGCUCACACUCACACCUAUGAGGCUUUGGAAAAUCCAAGUGAAACACAAGUUGUUGAAGAAGAACAAGACCAAGAUGGCUAUAAUGGUUACUAUGAUGAUGUUGAUGAUGAUGAAAAGUACCCUGAUUUGACUCACACACUUUUUGAUUCUGAGGGUUUGGAUUUUGAUGGUUCAGUGAUUGAUAUGGUGAAAAAUUGUAAGGAAGAAGCUGGGAGAGAGUUUAAAUUUGAAGAUGAUAUUGAUGAAGUUGCUGAUCUUUUCAUUAGGAGGUUUAGAAGGAAUAUAAUCUUGCAAAAACAAGAAUCAUUGAAGAGGAAGAGGGAAAUCACUCAAAAGGGUACUUGAAUUUACUUAUUUCGAGUUCGUUCUGAUUCACCAUGCAGCUGCUGUAAAGGAUCUAAACUCGGAAAAAUAUGCAAAAGCUCAACCUCAUCAUUUUCUCCCUUUGUUAUUGUUUCUUUUUUUCUUCAAGAAUAAGGGAGAUCAGAAGGAGUAGCUUGAUUUAUUUUACUAUGAUAUAUUGUAUUAAUAUAUGGUUGGUUUAAUUAAGAGGAGCACAACCCUGAAUUAAUUAACCAGGGUGUGAUUUCUUUGUUCUUUUAUUUUUGUUUUUUCUUUUUUUCCAUUUUAGUUUUGGGUGGUGGUGUCAAUAGUACUUCACCAAUUAAGUUCUCUUUUUCAUGUGUCAAAUAAAAGAAAAGAGAAUAAAAAUGGAACAUGUUUCUUAUAUAGAUAUAUUGUAAUACUAAUUGGUGUUAAUUGGAGCACAGAUGUUGGUGUUUCAACUCUGUAAAUCUGCAAAUAUUAAUGUACCAUAUUUUCAUGAAGCAUAGCUAA